GCUGUUGUGUUUUGUAUUGUCAGUUUCAACAGUUCUGGAAAUGAUAGAAUAAGAAUGUGAUUUGCAAAACUUUUAUAGGUGUGUUCUGAAUUGGAAAAGACUGAUUAAUGGUCAUUUGUGAUCAAUAACUGAGCUCAAGUUGACCGACCACCGUCAUAUUCCUGGAGGGCAGAAAGAGGACCCAUUGUUUACUGUACUGAUGCAAGUUGAGACGCCAGAGCAAGAUUCACACAGUGCAGUUAAACUCGGAAAUCAACAACCCUUCCUUAGAUGAACUCAUUUUAAACGAAUAUUUAAAGGCGGCGUAUUCAUUUCAAGAUUCAGACCACGGUCGAUGCUCCUAGCUGUCUAUUCACUAAAGAAGACUUCAUAACAGGCCCCUGUCAUCAUGCACAUGGACCGCAGCCCUUCCUCUCUCCCUGGCAGUGCCUCAGUGGGUGCUGGUGACUCCUUGGAGCUCAGCUUGACCGGCUCUCAGCUUUCUGUCUCCCGUCGGCCCAGCAGCGCCUCCCCAGCCAAGCACUUCUCCCGCUCAGUCUCUGUCACUGCGGACAACAAGAGCAAGCGCAACACCCUGGGCGAAGCCGGGCUGGGCAGCUGUCGGUCCAUCAAGAACCUGAGGAGAUCCAACAGCACCACCCAGGUCAACCAGAGAGUCAACUCCUGCUUCAGCGAGGAGCAGUCUGAGGACUUCCUGGCGUUGUUUGAUAGCAGCUCGGAUGGGAGGAGGAAGCUGGCCAGCCUCAGAAAGACCUCUCCGGACCUCUCCUGGAACAUCCUGGAUGACCAACCCCGGACCUUCCAGAUCCCUGGCAGUGGCCGCAGUGCCCGCACUGCCGACUCGCCUGCCGGCAUGAAGAAGAGAGAGGCUGGCAUAGCGCUGGCUGCCAACUUCACUGCCAACAACAGGAGUAACAAGGGAGCUGUGGGAAAUUCAGUCACUACCAUCCUGCACAAUAACUGUCCAGACAAGCCUCUGACACCAAAGAGCUCCAACCAGAAACCAGCGUCUCUCAAUAACAUCAUGAAGGCCACAGUGAACGACGAGGGCAGUCUGGAGAACAGCUCCCUGACCAAAUCCCAGAAGAACUUCUCGUCUCCCAAUAACAACGCCGCGCACAGCAGCCCCGCCCUGCUUCGUAGGCAGGAGGUGACAGAGGAGGAGGCUGAAAGCAGGUUUAUCCAGCAGGUGAACCACGCAGCUGUGACAAUCCAGCGCUGGUACAGACGCCAUGCCCACAGACGGCACACCAGCGAGGCAGCGCUCCGACGCCUCCUGUCCACCAAGAAACAGGAGAGGGAGCAGAGAGCAGAGGAGGGGGAGACACGGGAAGGUCAGAAGAGGAAGGAGGAGGACAGGAAGAGGAUACGUGAGGAGAAAGCCCAGCAGGCCAGAAGAGCUGCUAUUCAGGAGCUCCAGCAGAAGCGGGCACAGCGGGCAGCUGAGACGCAGCGCGUGGCAGAGCAGGAGAUUGAGGCACUGAAGCAGAGCGGCAAGCUGGGCCGGAGGAAACCUGCCAGGCCCUCUCCCGGCAGCAAGGGCAGCACGGCAGGCAGGGACACAGGCAAGGGGAGGAUUGCAGACUCUGGUGUGAAUGUAACGGCUGAUCUGGAUGACGUAUCAAACCUGAGGUCUGGCUCCCCCACUGACUCCCCUGGGAGAGGCUCCCAAGGCUCCCAGAAAGGCGUGAGUGUGGAGGAGCAGCUGCAGAGAGCUCCGUCGAGCAGAGCCCAGUCCAAAACCACGCUGAACGAGCUGCUGGACACCCUGAAGCUGCUGGAGGAGGAUCCAGAGAGACUGCCCGAGCCCCAUUGCUACCGCAAAGAGAAGUACUCCUGGAUCGAUGAGGACAGAGACUCCAACUCCCUGACAGCUGAUAACCUGGAGCUGCUGGGUAAGAUGAGCCAGCCUCCUGCCCUGCCAGACGGGGGUGCCCUGCUCUCUGAGGCCAAGCUGCAGAGCAUCAUGAGCUUCCUGGACGAGAUGGAGAAAUCGGAGCAGGAGAGGCCGCGCUCUGUCACCUCGGGUUCACACAGAGAGGCCCUGCUGUCAGAAGAGGACCUAGCUCAGGUGGAUCAGGCCUCGGCCAAAGCAGCCGAGGUGACCGGCUGCAUGAUGAGGAUGAAACUGGAGCUGGAGGAGAAGCGACGCACGAUCAACAUGCUGCAGACCGCACUGGCUCAACAACGGGAGCUGACAGUGCGCCACAUCAAGGAAACAGAGAAGGAGCUGAACCGCAACUUCCAGCUGCAGAAGGAUCAGUACGAGGCCACCAUCCAGAGACAUCUGGCCUUCAUCGAUCAGCUCAUCGAUGACAAGAAGGCCCUGAGCGACCGCUGCGAGGGGGUGGUGACCGAGCUAAAGCAGGUCGACCAGAAAUACACCAAAAAGAUAGCACACAUGCAGGAGCAGCACGACCUGGUGUGGCACAUUCUGGGUCCCUUGUGUGAGGAGAUUAAGAAGCUGAAGGAGCUGAUGAGUGCCACAGAGAAGAUCCGCAGGGAGAAAUGGAUUGACGAGAAAACCAAGAAAAUCAAAGAGAUCACAGUGAAAGGGCUGGAGCCGGAGAUCCAGAAGCUGAUCUCCAAGCAUAAGCAGGAGCUGCAGAAGCUGCGAGCUGUGCAUGAGGCGGAGCUAAUGCAGGCAGACGAGCGGGCAGCUCAGAGAUACGUCAGGCAGAGCGAGGAGAUGAGGGAGCAGCUGGAGAGAGAGAAGGAGGAGCAGUGCCAGAGAGAGAGGGAGCUCGCCAGGCAGAGGUACGAGAAGCAGCUGCAGGAGGAGGAGCAGGCGCUGCAGCAGCAGAGGAGGAGACUCUACAGCGAGGUGGCUGAAGAGAAGGAGAGGGGGGCCCAGCUGGCUGCCAGACAGAGGGCAGAACUGGACGAGCUGAGAAAGCAACUUGAGGACAACAGCUUGGUGGCAGGGCGUGCGCUGAGAGAGGAGUUUGAGAGGACGAGAGAGGAGCAGGAGAGGAGGCACCAGGCAGAGGUUAAAGCCCUGAAAGAGAGGCUAGACAUUGAGAAACAAGCCUGGGAGGAAAACUACAUGAAGAAAGAGGAGGCCUGGCUGCUGAGCAGGGAGCGGGAGCUGAAGGAGGAGGUGCGCAGAGGGAGGGACAAGGAGAUCGAGCUGGUGAUUCAGAGGCUGGAGGAGGAGACCAGCAGAGCCAGGGAUGAGUGUGAGAGAGCCUCCGAGAACAGGGUGAAGCGCGUGCGGGAGAAGUAUGAGACAGAGCUGCGGGAACUGGAGCGCUCGGAGAGGAGCCUGCAGGAGAGACACAGCGAGCUGAAGGGCCGGCUCAGCCAGGCAGAGGGGGAGGCCGUGCGACUACAGGGACUCCUCAGGCAGAAAGAGCAGGAGGUGCAGGACAUCACACAGAUUCAGGACCGGCUGACGGAGGAACGGCGCAGCCUGGCAGAGGUGAUCCGGCAGGAGUUUGCCGACCGGCUCGUGACCACAGAGGAGGAGAACAGGCGCAUGAAGAUAGAGAUGUCAGAGACGAGGGCGCGGCAGAGACUGGAGCUGGAGAGAGUGACCCGCGAGAAGGAGGAGGAGCUGGCUGAGGUGCACAAGAGGGUGAAGACUGCUAUAGUGAAAAAGGAAGAGACUGUAAAUAACUUGCGUAAGCAACACGAGGCAGCCUUAAAGAGAGCAGAUCACCUGGAAGCAUUACUGGAGCAACAGCGGAAACAGCUGCUGGGGAAGUGAGGCGGCAGAGCCAGCCUGCAUCUCCAUUGCAACCGUCUUGUGGAUGAGGGGGGCGUGACAUCAUUCCUCAACCGGACACCCCUCACCCACUUGCCAAACCGGGGCCCAUUCCAUCAUUAUCAGCCCCUUUAAAACAGCAGGAGAGGAAACUGGUCAUGGGGUUGAGAGCCAUCAGAAGCUGUCUGUUUGGGCUGCUAGAGAGAUCGGUCAGGAGGUGUGGGUUACAGGUUGAUGUAGGGAAACCUAUUGAGGGAGUUCAGUUAGUUCCCCCUCCCAGGUGGCACUAGUUCUAGAUAAUUGAGUGCUGAUGCUGUCCUGGUCUGAAGGUUAUCGGUGGCGUUUAUCAAGCUGAUUUGAAACCAUUGCAGUUGCAGCAAAAGCUGGUGGUAUCCUGUACUAGAGGUUCUGACGAUCAGAAAUGUCUGAUAAAAUAAACUCCUUGUCAGUAAGAAUUCAUCUCAGAUCAGAUAAAUCUCUGGAAAAAGGAGCUGGCCUGGCUAGCCAGUGUGGCGUGAGAUAGUGUGAGGAGUUUAGAAUGAUGAGUAGAAUGUUGAUAGAAGGAGAGAGAGAGAGAGAGAGAGAGAGAGAGAGAGAGAGAGAGAGAGACUAGAAAAAUAGGAAGUGCCAUAAAAUAGUGAGAUUGGCAUUUAAAUUAUUUUAAAGCACAUAUCUGUAUCCUCUGUGGGAUGUAAUAACUGCAACUAAAUAGUAAUGUGUGUGUG